UUAGUUACAAAAAUGGUCACAUUAUGGUUAUAUUCUUUAUUGUUUGUGGUAGGAGUCUAUGGAUUGCCACCACCGUCAUAUCUAAAGCCAUGUUCAAUAAAAAAUAAUUUUGAUAAGUGUGCUUUUGUUAAUGGACAAGCUGCAAUUCCAUUUUUACUCAAAGGUGAUAAGAAAUAUGGAAUACCAGUGAUUGAACCCUUCACUCUUUCUCUGUUAGAAAUAUCACCUGGUGACAAUUUAAAAAUUGUGUUUAGAAACUUGACAGGAAUUGGAUUGGAUAAAGCAAAACUCCGUGCUGUGAAAUAUGAUGCCAAUAAGAAUCAUAUGAAGAUACUAACUGAUCUUCCAUCAUUAAAGAUUCUAGGUGACUAUGACGCCAAGGGAAGAAUUUUAGUAUUACCAAUUGAAGGAAAAGGUCCAUUCGAAAUUGAAGCUAUUGAUGGAAAAUAUACUUAUAGCUUCGACAUAAUACCCCAUGAAAAGAAAGGUGAAAUAUAUGGAAGUAUUGAAAAUGGUGAUCUAGAUUUUGAUAUUAAAAAUGUUAAAUUGAAUUUUGAAAACCUAUUUAAUGGCGAUAAAACGCUAGGUUCUCAAAUGAACAUGUUCUUAAACGAAAAUUGGCGAGAUGUUUUUAAGGAUUUGAAAGGAGCUAUCAGUAAAUCUUUUGGAGCAAUUUGCAAAACGGUUCUUCAGAAUUAUUUCUCAAGAAUUCCACUGAAAGAACUCAUACUUGAGUAGAAGUCUGAGAUAUUCAUCUAACUUAGUUUGUUAUAAUGUUUGACCAUAUUGUUAUUAAAUUUAAUAAAUCGUAUAU